AGCUCGUAUCUUUUCUUACAUUGAUAGUCGAUUCACAUGUUCGCUAGAGCCAUUGCCCGUUCUUCGAGAUUAUCUCGCCCCGUCUUCAUGCGUCGCGGAGGCCAUGGCGCCCCUAUGAACGAGCCCUCCGGUUAUCUUUUCAGUGAAAAGAAACGUAUCAAGGAGGAUUGGGAAGACAUCUACUAUUGGGGUAUGGGUGGCGGUUUCGUUCUGAUGGCUGCCGCUUUGUACUACAAGCCUGACACCACCGUCAUGACUUGGGCCAGAAAGGAAGCCGAAAAGUCCCUGAAGGAAAAAGGUGUUGAACUCGAAUAUCCUAGAACUUCGUCCGCAUAGAUUGGUUAGAUCGACCUCACCGAAACCUCUUCACCCUCUUUCAGCUGGUGUAAACUUCUUUUUUGUUUUUCGUCCUGAAGAUAUAAAAAAAACUAUAUGUAUAUUCCAUCAUCGAACGUUUGAGCGAAAAUUCUUUUAAAAAUGUAUCGGCAUCGCGUAAACACGAAAGCAACACCGUGAUAUGGGGACCAGUUAUUUUAGUGAUCUGUGUUGG